AUGAGUUUAGAUAAAUUGAAUAAAUUAUUAAAUAAAAAAAUACCUAAAGAAAACAAUAGAUUGAUUAGGUUAAGCAAAUCAUUAAUUGAAACAUUAAAUAUAUUAGAAAAUUUUGACGAACUAAUUGAUGAAUUAAAAAAAAUUAAAAGACCAUUAAAUGAAUUAGGAGAUGGAAAAAUCAACAAAUUAUGUGCCAUGUUAACUGAAUUAAAUAUUGAAUUAUCAGAAUCUAGAAGGCAAGAGAUAAUUAGAUCAGGAAAGUAUUUACCUGAUGAAAAAAGCUCUAAAUAUCAUCCAGGAGCAUUCUAUAUAAGUCGUCCAUUAAGCAGUUCAACUCAACAACCAAAUGACAAUAAUUCGGUAUCAACUCGGAAAUCUUCAAUGGGAUGUGUUUUAAAUGAUGAUGAUGUGUUUAUGCCAAAAUCUUAA